CUGAAACAUUUCUCUAUUUUUUUUAAUGAAUAUUAUUUUAAAAUUACCCAACAGAUGGCCGAACCAAGCUCAAAUUGCAAGGAGGGUAGUUACUUUCCGUCUUCGGUCACUGUUUUCAGACUUUGUGGCUCCGACGAGGGGUAGGAGGAGGUUAACGACCUUAAUUGCGGCGGAAUGAGGACGGUGGUGACUAUCUUCAUAAACCCGUGAAUAGUACAGCUUUAUUUUCUUCUGGAAGAUGCAUCCUCCUUUGACACUACACAGGCACCCAAUGUGUGCUGAGGUUAGCAGUUGUUUGGAGUCUUUCGACACAAUCUUGCGCAGAGGUCAUUUAAGGAACAUAUCGUUGUGAAAGUUGUAAUCUUUAUUGGUUCAUCAUCUAGUUGCAAAUAAAAGUUGAAAGUCUUUAUAUAUUUUUCCAAAUAAGAUUUGACAAGCAAUAUUGUUGGAUUGAUAUGACAAGAUGUUACUUUUCCUGCAUCCAGUGAAAUUUUAAAGUACUGUUUGUCAAGCCGACAUUAAAUACAUGGAAAUCAUUGUUAAUCAUGUGAUUUUGAUGUUAAACUUUUGCUGUUAAAAGAAUUCUAGUUGCUAAUUCAAAUGCCGAAUCUUUGUUGCUGAUUGUUGUGGAGUUCUGGAAGUGUCAUUAGAUCAUCUUUGUUGCUGACAUAUCAUGCAUGCACAUAUAAAAAUAUUAGUAGAGUACAAAAUUAGACUAACAUGAACCUUUUAGAUGGAGUUGUCGGCUGAAAGAUUUGGAAAAUGAACUGGAGAAGAUCCAAGAAGGUAUAUAUUAAUUGUUAGAAGAGAAUAACAAACAAACCAAAGGUAAUAAGAGGUUAUGAUAAUGAAGGAACUAAAGAUAUGAAGGUAGAUAAAUUACUUUUCUUGCUGACUGAAAAAUUUACCACCAGGGAUAGAUGAUGGAACGUCUCUUAGCCCGCCAUUAAUAUAACGUGAGUGCAUAUCAGAGUUACAGAGAUCUGUGCUGUGUGCAAGCUCUAUAUAAAAAAUUAGAGCAGAU